AUGGCCAACGAAACCACACCAGCAAAACGAAGAAUCUAUCUCAAUGGCUUUGACAUGUUCACCGUCGGCCAUCUCUCCUUCGGACAAUGGAAGAACCCGACCGAUCGAUCAGCGACUAAACGCCGUGAUCUAUCUUACUGGACAAACCUAGCUCAGAUCCUCGAAAAGGGCGAUUUCAACGCCCUAUUUCUUGCCGAUACGUUCGGACUAUACGACACGUACAAAGGCAGCGCGGAGCCGGCAAUUCGUAAUGCAGCUCAGUAUCCAAUGGGUGAUCCUGUCAUCCCCAUUUCUGCCAUGGCUUCAGUUACCAAGAAUCUCGGCUUCGCUAUUACGACUUCGACUUCAUACGAAGCACCUUAUGUUGUGGCGAAACGCUUUUCAACCCUUGACCAUCUUACGGGGGGCCGAUUCGGAUGGAAUAUAGUGACUUCAUGGAAAGAAUCCGCUGCAAAGGCCGUGGGACUACCGCUCGUCGAGCAUGACAAGCGCUAUGAGAUUGCCGAUGAAUAUCUCACUGUUCUAUACAAACUUUGGGAAGGAAGCUGGGCCGAAGACGCCUUGAAAGAGGACGUAAAAACAGGUAUAUACACCGAACCAAGUCUCAUAAAAUACGUCCACCACCACGGAAACAAAUUUCACGUUGACGGACCUCACAUUCUCGACCCGUCACCCCAACGCACCCCAUUCCUCUUCCAGGCCGGUACAUCACCGGCGGGAAUAGCCUUUGGUGCAAAGCACGCAGAAGGGGUAUUUGUAUCAGCGCCAUCACCCAAUGUCCUCGCGCCACGGGUCAAGGAAAUCCGAUCCGCGGCUGAAAAAGCAGGACGAGAUCCCCGAUCGGUGAAAGUAUUCGCCAUUCUAACUCCCAUCCUUGGUCGAACGGAGGAAGAGGCACAAGCCAAAUAUCGCGAGGCACUAUCCAAUGCUAGCGAAGAAGCCGGACUUGCAUUUUUCUCAGGAGGAAACGGGAUUGAUCUUAGUCGGUUUGAUCUGGAUACGCCUAUCACGCCGUCCGAUGUGCAUGUUGAUGCGCGUGUUCAUUCGUCGAUUCAUACGCUUUCGUAUCAGAAUCCUGAUGUCCCGGUUUGGACGCCGAGAAAUAUCGGGAAGCAUAUAUCGAUUGGAGGGUCGGGUCCUGUUCCGGUGGGUACGGCUGGUUUUGUUGCGGAUUUUCUUGAAGAGUGGGUUCGGGUAGCGGAUUUAGAUGGUUUCAAUAUUGGAUAUGUGCAGACGCCGGGGACAUUUGAAGAUGUCGUUGAGCUUCUGGUGCCGGAGUUGAGAAGACGGGGACUAUACUCGCCGCAGAAUGAAGGGGGUACCAUGCGCGAGAGAAUUUACGGUCCUGGUCAGCGAAGGUUGAGAGAUGAUCAUGUUGGUAGAACAUAUCGCCAUGAAGUCUACGAUGGA